ACAAUUUAAAUAAAUCACAGGAAUGUAUAAUAUUUUUAAAAAUAAAAAAAAAACCACUUGAAAUUUUUAUAGUUUAGUAAAUGAUUAUUACUGUCAUAGAUAUUGAUAAUAAUUGUAGACACUUGAAAUAAAGCGAUAAUGAAUGAAGAGCCAGAGGGAUUAUUAAUAAAUUAUUUAAAUGCAGAGGAAUUAUUAGCAUCCAACAGCUUGAGAGCUCGAGUUUCAAAUGAAAUUGAACAGACUUCCAAGGUAAUACCAAAAACAGGACUGAGACUCUUUGAGCCAAAUGGAUCAUGGCUCCAGAAUCGACAGAUAGAUGCAUGUUUAGAAGCACGAAGAGAUUUAAUAAAUGUAGAAAGAGUGAAGAAGGUGUCUAAGUUAGCUGUCGGUGAAUGGCUGCCUCAGGAAAGACGUGUCAUAGUCACUAAGAGGUCUGGUGUUGACUGGAAUAAUUUUGGAUGUGAACUUCGAGGUACUUUGUAUUUAAAUCCUGAAGAAGCUUUAUUGCAAGUAGAAUUGAAUUGCUUGGACUUAUUCUUCAACGGAGUAUCAUUAUCAGUCCAACAAGCCUAUGAAUUACUAAUAAACUCCCCAAACUCCGACUGCUCAUUAGAUGAAUACAGAGUAUACAGUCAAUUAGCCAGGUCGGGAUAUCGUCUGAAGAGGUUUUACUAUCAAAAAUCAGAUUACGAAAAAGAUGAGUCCUCCCAGCUUAAGAAGAAAGUAAUAAUUGAUUUAGAGGGCAGUCAGUGGAUGAGUGGUGCCCCACUUUCUCAAGACACCGCCGAUAAAAAUACUAAAAACGACGCUGAGUUUGUCAUUAACAGUAUUAUUGAUAAAAUCGAGGUUGAAGAGCAGAACUUAGAAGACAAGUCUGCGGAAAAUAUUUUGAAUAAAAUAGAAAAUGAUAUUAAAAACAAAGACAAAAAUAAGAGAAGAUUAAAUAUUGUUUCCGUUGAAACUAUGGUUGAACCAGUUAAAUUAGUCGCUAAUAAAAAAGAAACUAAUACAUCACUUGGUAUUCGCAUACAACGCAAUGUUAAGCUUCUACCCAAACGGACUGAUAAAAUAAUUCCUUCUUAUUUAAAUAUUGAUUCUAAUUCCGGUCAAAUUACUUCUGAUAAAUUUAAUACCUGUGAUUCUGAAAAAAUAGCUGAAAAAAGAAAAUUAGAUGUAAUUAAUUCUUCAAUUCCUUCUACAUCAUCUUCGCCUAUAGAAUCAUUUAAAGAAGUAACUUUAAUACCUGUAAAAAAAAUAAAAAAUGAAAGGAUUGAAUUGUCCGAUGAUGAAAUUGAAGAAAUUCCAAUUCCGAUGACUAGAAAAGAAAUGUUGAAUUGUCUUCCUAAUAUUAAAGACAAAAAUUCUGUUAAAGUAACAAUUGAUCCUAAGUACAUUCCACAAGAUAUUAAAUUAAAUAAGAAUAAAAUUGAGUAUGAUUCUUUAAAUUUAAAUGAUAGUAAAGAUAAUUAUCAGAAUAAUCGACAAUUGGCUAAAUUUUCAAAUUCAUGUGAAGUAUAUAAAAAUUGUCAGUAUAACAGUUAUAAUUAUAAUAUAAAUAAUUAUCGAAGAUCACACUAUCAAGACUUACCUAAUUAUCACAAUAUGAUGUUCGGUAAUUCUUCUAAUUAUAAUUAUCCAGCUUUUAAUUACUCGAAUCAACAAAGUGUCUCCAAUAGAUGGUCGUCAUUGCAUGUUAAUUUUUUUAAAAAUAUUGCGAUGGCUACAUUUGCCUUGAGGACUUCAAUUACUCAAAGUUUAUCGAAUAUUUAUUCUUCUUCUUUUGAUCCGGGACAAUAUUUUGGUGGAAGACAAAAUUCACGGUAUUAUAAUCCUGGAAUUUAUCAUAAUAAUAGAAAUUAUAAGCCAAUUGAUAAUAAUACUAAUAAAAGUGAAGGUAACAAUCGUGAUGAUUUAGUAAAUGUAGAAGAAGAUAGUAACUUUGAAAAUUUUUGUUCGUUUGACAAAGCACCGGCUGGUUCGUGGACGAAGUUGAAGAAAUUAUGGAAAGAUGCUAAGACAAUAACUAUUGAAGAUGAUAAUGAUCAUAUGGAUUGCAGUGAAGUUGAAGUUAUUAAUCACACUAUUCAGCCACUUGUUGGGCCUAAAUAUUCUUCAAGCCUGAAACAAAUUUAUGAUAGAUUGAAAAUUAUUAAGCCGGCUCAGGAUAAAUCAGUGAGGAAGAAAAGAGGCAUUAAUAAAAUAUCUUACAAGGUUUAUUCAAAUACCCAGCUUUAUAGGAAAGCUAUUCCGGGUCAUGCUAUGUUUCAUUUAGUUAUUACAAGUCAAAAGAAUAGCCAGUCUCUUCAACCAAUUGAUCUCAACAGACUUUAUCAGGAUGGAGAUGGAAUAGCUAUCGUUUUUGCACAUGUCAGCGGUGCUACAAUAUGUUUCAUGCAAGCUGGUGUCGUUGCAUUACCUAAUUUAGAGUGAUUAAUCAUUUGAAUAAAAAAUUUUGUACUGCGGAAGAAAAAUUGAUAUUUAAUAGAUAAUUGUAAAUUAUUUACAAAUAUUUAUACUGUAAAAAUAUAAAUAAGUUGGAGCAAAAUAUUUACUAUAAAAAUAUACAAAUAAGUAUUGCAUACUUACCAAAAGUUAAUUUCGCUCUUGUAUUUGUAAAAAUUAAUUUUUUUUUUUCAAUCAAUCUUUAAAUAUUCUUUAAUAUAAAAAUAAAAAAUGUAUUUUCAUAAUUUCUAUUAAAAUAUAAAUACUAGAUGACGCUAGUGACAUGUUUUGAUUUGAGUGUAAAUUUAUAGCAGGCAUGUCAACUAUCGCACUAGAUCUCUUGUCUUGAAAUUGGUGACAUUGAUUGCUUAGUUGUCAUAUGUGAUAAUUAUGUGUGUACAUAUGUAAAUACGUGUAUGACCCGCUGUCAGUUGAUUGCAAUAAUGUGGGUGGUUGGUUGGCUGGUUGAUUAAAACUACUAAUAUAAAUUUACAAUAAAACAAUACCAACAGUCAAGACAAAUCAGCACCAUUAAUUAACCUUGUAUAUAUAUGAGUACACACAUUAUUAAAUGUAUAUCCUAAUGACAACGACUUAUGUCAACAAAUUAACACUACAGCUGACAGCUAUUUUCUUUUUGUACAAUUUUUAUAAUAGUUAUUAGAAGAAAAAUAAAA